GGCGUGGCUUCGCCAUUACUCGGCGUGCGGGAGCUGGGCGUGGAGUUCCCGUGAGCUCCCUCCCUCCCUCCCUCCCUCCAUCCAUCGGCAUCAGGUGGCAGCCCGCUCCCCUCCGCCAGCACCGACUGCCCAGUCGUCCGCCCCCUCCGCUGCACCACCACCACCAACCCGAAAGAGACGCCCCGAUUCCUACGACGCGCGCGUAAAUUAUUCCUCCUCCUCCUCCCCAAAGCCGGAGGGAGGGGAAUUCUCUUCCCCCGGAAAACAGCCCCCUUUCCUUUCCUUCCCUUCCUCCUCCCACCCGCCGAAUCGCGCUCCUCCCGCCGCCCGCCUCGAUCUGGCGCUGCUGGUGGCGGCUCCGCGGCGGCGCUGUCAAUGCGGAGGGUGGCUCUGACUGACCCCGGCCGCUGGUGGUUGCGCGCAUGGGGGACGCCUGCGGGCCGCUGCUGCGGCAGCGGAAAUCUGAGGACGCCCACCACGACGACGCGCUGCCGGUGACGCAGCGCAGGCCGGCGACCCCGCGCCGGCACCCCUCGCCGAAUGCCGGCGCGCCUGCCACCCCGAGGCGGCACCCCUCGCCGAAUGCCGCUGCGGGGGCGGCUGGGUCGCAGCCCAAGAGGUCCCCGUCCACCGAGCGGCGGUCCGGGAGCCCGGCGAGGCCGGCCUCCGGCGGGGCCGGCUCCAGGGAGGCCGCGCCGUCCAGGAUCUCCGCGCCGACGUCGCCGCCCUCCAGCCCCUCCUCGUCCUCCUCCAGCUCCUCCACGCCCGUGCGCGACGCCGUCUCCGACACGCAGAGCGCCCCGAGGAGGCUGUCAGGCGGCGGCCGGGCCCCCGACGGGCUGUGGCCAUCAAUGCGGAACCUCUCCUCCUCGCUACAGCUCGAGUCCAGGGACAGGAGGGCCGCGCCAGAUCAGGCCAGGGCGAGGGACGCCGUGGCGGCCGCCGACAGGAAGAGGAGCCCCAUGAGGGGGCGCACUGGCGGCGGCGAGCAGCCGGAGAACCCGCACGCCAGGAUGAUUGACCACCACCGCUGGCCGGCCAUGAUGGGGGGCAGGGUGUCCGGCAGCGCCAUGUCCAGGAGCGUGGAUCUCACUGACAAGAUGCACAGACCGGCCCUGUCAUCACGCGGCGGGGCUUCGCCCAAGAGGACGACAUCGGUUUCAUCCGCCGCAAGCGCCCUGUCAAGAAGCAUUGAUCUCGCCGAUAAAAUCGAUCGAUUGGUCUCCUCGUCGCGUGGGGAGGAGUCGCCUAGAAGAUCAACUGCUUCAAAUGGCACAUCUGAUACAUCAAAAAGCAGCAUCACUGAUGGUAAAGAUGCCAGGCCUGCAGCCUUGGCAGUUCCAUCAAGAGGGAUGAUUUCUCCUGUGAGAACAGCAAGGGCCCUGUCCAAGAGCAUGGAUCUUACAGAAAGAGAUUACAGCAUGCUCUCCUCCGCAAUGUCAUCGCCUGGGGUUUCGCCAAGCGUCACAGUACCAACUGUGUCCAAUGCUACAUCGCAAACCACAAGAUCUUCCGAGAAACCGAAUGGACAUGCUUCUUCCCCGGCCUCUUCACGGGGACGUUCGCCUAGAACAUCAGCAGCAUCUGGCGGCAGCAUUGGUGGUAUAUCAAAAAACACUGAUGUCCCUGGAAAGGAUAAGAGACCAGCUUCAUCUAGAGGGACUUCGCCAAGAAGGCCACUUGCUUCCGAUGGCGUUAAUGCUAUUGUCAAAAAUAUGGAUUCUGCUGAGAAGGACAGCAGAACAGUCAUCUCCUCGGUUCCAUCUCGAGCGGUAUCUUCCCCAAGACGAAGACUUGCCUCUGAUGCUAUUGAUGCUAUACCAAGAAGCGCAGAUUUUUCUGAAAAAGAUAACAGACCAUCCACAUCAUCUUCGCUGCGGGGGGUUUCUCCGCGAAAAAGGGUUGGUUCUGAUGGUAUCAGUGCUAUAUCAAAAGGGUUGGAUUUUGCUGAUAAAGCUAGCACAUCGUCCACCUCAUCAGCGGCAUCGCGAGGUGUUGCACCAAGAACUCAAGUGAUAUCUGAUUGUGUUGGUACUACGUCAAAGGGCAUGGAUUCUGCUGAUAAAGAUAAUAGACCGUCAACCUCAUAUGCUGCAUCACGAGGUAUGUCACCACGAAGAAGGCUUGGAUCUGAUGGUAUUAGCUCCAUUUCAAGUAACAUCAACUUCGCUGAAAAGGAUGGCAGAAUUGUGGCGGCCUCUUCAGUCGCACAUCGAGGGAUCUCAACAAUAAGGCGUCUUGCGUCUGAUGGUGUUGAUAUUAUAUCAAAGGGCAUGGAUAAUCCUGAGAAAGAUGUCAGACCCUCCACUUCAGCCGGUUCAAGAGGACUUUCGCCAAGAAGAAGACUUGCCUCUGAUGGUGCCAAUGUUAUACCCAAGCGCAUGGAUCUUUCUGAAAAAGAUACCAGACCUGCCACCUUGUCAGCUGCAUCACGAGGGGUUUCACCAAGAAGAAGACUCGCCUCUGAUAAUAUAGAAGCAAUGUCAAAGAGCUCAGAUUCUGUUGAAAAAGAAACAAGAUCAUCCGCUUCGUCAGUGGCAUCACGAGGGGUUUCACCAAGAAGAAGACUCGCCUCUGAUGGUGUAGAAGCUAUAUCGAAGAGCUCAGAUUUUGCUGAAAAAGAAGCAAGACCAUCAACUUUGUCGGUAGCAUCACGGGGGGUUUCACCUAGAAGAAGGCUCGCCUCUGAUGGUGAAGAAGCUAUAUCGAAGAGCUCAGAUUUUGCUGAAAAAGAAACAAGACCAUCCACUGCAUCAGUGGCAUCACGGGGGGUUUCACCAAGAAGAAGACUCGCCUCUGAUAGUGCAGAAGCUAUAUCAAAGAGCUCAGAUUUUGUUGAAAAAGAAACCAGAUCAUCCACUUCGUCAGUGGGAUCACGAGGGGUUUCACCAAGAAGAAAACUCGCCUCUGAUGGUGUAGAAGCUAUAUCAAAGAGCUCAGAUAUUGUUGAAAAAGAAACCAGAUCGUCCACUUCGUCGGUGGCAUCACGAGGGGUUUCACCAAGAAGACGACUUGCUUCGGAUGGUGUCAAUACUGUAUUGAAGAGCACUGUGAUUGCUGGUAAAGACUACAGGCCAUCAACCUCGGCAGCUGCAUCACGAGGGACUUCACCUAGAAGCAGGGUUGCCUCUAAUUCCGUUGAUGCCCCGUCGAGAAGCAUGAAUUUUGCUGAUAAGGCGAGCAGACCCUCCACCUCAUCAGGAGCAUCACGUGGGACUCUACAGAGAGGGGUGCUUGCUUCGGGUGGCAUCGUGGAUCCUGUGGACAAUGGUAGUGAACGGUCCACCUCAUCAGCUGCAUCUGGUGGGACUUCAGACAGUAUACUUGAUGGUACCAAUGCUCAAGUAGAAACCAUCCAGUUUGCUGAGGAAGUUAAUUCAGUAACUCCAGAUGGCUGUAGUGAUGAUACUUCAGAAAGCAUGUAUUCUGCUAAUGUAGGCACAGGUGCAGCAUCCUUGUCCAUUGUGGUGCAAGAUAGACAACCAAGCAGAUCUGUUUCUGAUGUCAGUGAUGAUAUGUCACAGAAUGUGGAUGCAACUCAAAAACAUAACAGAUCCAUCUCGGUAAUGGUUCCAUCUCGAGGGACUUCUCCAAGAAGGCGGCUUGCAUCUGAUGGCAUUAAUACUAUGCUUAAAAGCAUGGAUUUUGCUGAGAAAGAUAAGAGACCCAUGGCCAUGUCAGUAUCAUCACGUGGGAUGUCACCAAGAAGAACAACAAGAGUGGACGCUGCUAAUAUAAUGUCAAAAAGCAUGGAUUUCUCUGAUAAAUGUAAUGGACAAAUAUCUUCAAUAAUUCCAUCACGAGCGGUUUCUACACGGAAAAUACUGGGACCAGAUGGUGCUAAUGCCAUGUCAAGAAGUGUGGAUCUGACUGAUAACUUCAGACAACCAGUCUCUUCAACAGUGCAACCAAGUAGAGUUUCACCAAGGAAGAUGCCUUCUGCGAGCCCAGGUUCUGCCAAUGGAAAUGGAAGUCAAGAGGAAAAUGCCAGUUCAAGUCCAGAUGCGCCUUCAAAUAAUUCAGAAAGAUUUGCACCUCCAAAGCAGUUGGCAAGGACACUGUCUUCACCAUCACGCGGUCUACUACGCCCUUCAUCACCAACCAAGACUUCAUCAACAUCAUCACUUGCCUCUAGGAGGUUGCCAAGCCCAUUGAGGAUUAGACCUUCAACACCUGUCUCACCAUGUAGUUCUGGUAGAUCCGAUUCUCCCUCUUCUCUUCUCAGCUACAUUGGUGAUGCAACAAGAGGAAAGAAGAGCCCAAGCCACAUGGAAGAUGCCCAUCAGUUGCGCCUCCUGUAUAAUCGGAACUUGCAAUGGCGUUUUACAAAUGCUUAUGUGGAUGAAAUGCUAUCAAUCCAGAAGAUGGGUGCUGAGACUAUGCUCUACAGUGUAUGGGAUAGUAACUCAAGGAUGUCUGACUCUAUGGUUACGAAAAGGAGUUAUGUUGAAAGGCUGAGGCAAGAGGUCAAAUUGGGAAUAGUGUUGAAACAACAAAUGGACUACCUCGACCAGUGGGCGGAGUUGCAAACAGAUCAUUCUACUUCUUUGUCUGGUGCAAUUGAAGCUCUUAGAGCAAGUACAUUGCGCCUUCCAGUUACAGGAGGAGCAAAGGCUGAUGUACUUACUGUUAAGAAUGCUGUCAGUUCAGCAGUUGACAUUAUGCAAGCAAUGGGCUCUUCCGUUUGCAAUUUGCUAUCAAAGUUAGAGGCUACACACUCUCUGGUUACAGAACUUUCAGCUGUUGCUGCUAAAGAAAGCACUACCCUUAAUGAGUACAGAGAACUCUUGGGUGCAGCGGCAGCACUGCAGGUCCAUGAGUCCAGCCUAAGGACACAACUCAUACAAGAAACAGAGUGAACAACUUUAAUCCCUUGUAUGUCUAACUAAGAAGAUAGAGGUAACCACACCAUUCAUUAGUUCUCUGUGACCGUGACGUGAAUAUGUGUAUCUUCAGUUUGUGCCCCCCCCCCCCCCCUUUCUUUUUCUUCCCCGUUGUUAGGUACCCCCUAAAUUUCUAUUUUCUUUUUCCAUUUCUACCUCACAUGCCCUUUUCUAUUUGUACAACCUGCAUGGAAGAGAAGUGCAGCAAGCAAAAUCAUGGAUUUACCAUGACGACAGACCUUUGUCAGUGUUAUUUUGUAUAGCAACCGAGGAUGUCGAGGUUCCGGAAACCUGAAAGCCUGUGUUGUAAAUUAUAGCAGCUCCUCUGCCUUUUGUUGUAAUGCCUUCACAUUCUAACUGUAUCCUGGUGACAUUGUGGUAGCAGUAGUAGAGUGUUUGGUAGCAGAUUAUCAUCUAUUGCAGGCUCCUAGUCCACAAAGGGGGGCAACAACUAGAACGUCUAACCUAACACUACAGGGUAGUAGAUGAUGACAGGUUCCCUGAUAAUACUGACUCCAUUUAUACCUACACACCGCGGCGGCUGUUUUCAAGAGAAUAUGGUGACACUUCCUUGUCAA